GUUCGUUUACUCUUUCCGCGUUCUACAUAUUUUACAUGGUAUCAGAGCUAUCAAGAUCGUACCGCUGUUAGUUCCCGAUGGGUGACGAUACGGAAAAGGGAUUCGAGUCUGGUCACGGUACCAAUAGCGUUUCUCUUGGGUCGUUGAAGCUAGAACACGAUCCCGUCUCACCGUACUUCAUCAGUCAGUCUGAUAAUCCUAAUCAGGUAUAUGUUGGGGAAUUGUUAACCGAAGCUAAUUAUGCUGAUUGGGUUCAUGAUAUGUCGAAUGCCUUGCUUGCUAAGAAUAAGCUAGGGUUCGUCGAUGGUUCUUUUCCUGCGCCAUCGGAUUCUCUCGAGCUACGAAGCUGGCGUCGUGCUGACGCCAUGGUCAAGGGGUGGCUGACCUCUGCCAUGGACAAGCAAGUACAUCGUGGGACUCGGUACGCACACACUGCUCGUGAGGUCUGGGUGGAUUUGCAGGAGCGUUUUGCUCAGAGUAGUGCUCCUCGGGUCUAUGAAACCCGUGGUCGUAUUAGUCGUCUUCCACAAGAGAAGUUAUCUGUUCCGGCAUUUUAUACGCAUCUGCGUAAUCUCUGGGAAGAGGUACAGUCAAUGGCUCCACUCCAUCUAUGUUCGUGUGGUCAGUGCACUUGUGGAGCUGAUCGUAAGAAUCAAGAGCGCGAGGAAACUUUUCGCCUCUAUGAUUUCCUCAUGGGUCUUGAUGAAUCAUUCUCCACUGUCAAGACACAAGUUCUGUCUAUGAAAACCUUGCCCACCUUGUCGGAGGCCUACCAGCUAGUUUCUAACGAUGCUCAUCAACGUCGCCUUGCCGUUAGCAAUCGUCCCGGCCCUGAAGCCGCGGCUUUUCUAGUUCAAGAUGACACGGCUGCUGGUGCGUCUUCUUCUGAUGGGCGUAGUCGCCACCAAUGCACUCAUUGUGGAAAGAUUUGGCAUCUCAAAGACAGGUGCUACGAUCUUAUUGGGUGGCCGGAACGCCCGCCCUCAAAGUUUGACGCUGCUAAACGGAAGCAAGGGGCUGAACGUCCCCGGUCCACUCCAAAGGCUGCUGCUGUCGAUGUUGGCGAGAGCCCGGUCGCGGGUUUAAGCAUGUCGCAGCUUGCACAACUCAAGGAAUUCUUGGCUGGGUCUUCAUUCUCUCCAGAAGCUUCUGCCACCAAGCUCACUGGUAUUUUAUCUCGUUCUUCUUCAUGGGUUUUAGAUUCCGGCUGCAACGAGCACAUCGUUCAUGAUGUGUCUCUUCUUUCGAAUGGUUAUUCACCUUCUGAUUUGCGGGUAGGGAUUCCCAAUGGGGUCUCCGUUGAUGUUACCCAAGUUGGGUUUGUAUGCAUGAGUAACGGGAUGGUUUUGCCCCGUGUUCUGUUGGUUCCGGAGUUCAAAUGUAACCUUUUAUCCAUCAGUCGACUCACACAGGAGUUUCCCAUUGCACUGAUCUUCCUUCGUGAUUUCUGCAUCCUGCAGGACUUGCGUUGCAAGAGGAUGAUUGGGAUGGGCCAGCAACGUGAUGGGUUAUAUUAUCUCCGGCUUUUUGACGAUGUUCGGGAGGCUGCCGUCCAUGCUGCCGCGGGUGAAGGUUCCUCGUCCGUUCAGUUGUGGCAUGCUCGUCUUGGUCACCCGUCCAUGUCAAAGUUGUCUUCAUUUCCCUUUAUUUCGGCUGCUGAACAGUUAUCUGUGGAUCAUUGUUCUUCUUGUUUACGGGCAAAACAGACUCGUAGUCCUUUCCCGUCCAGUUCUAUUAAGACUUCUCGUCCUUUUGAGUUGGUUCAUGUUGACAUUUGGGGUGGUUAUAAAGAACCCUCGUUGAGCGGUGCUCAUUAUUUUUUCACUCUGGUUGAUGAUUUUUCUUGUGCUGUAUGGGUUUACCUUCUUCGUUACAAAUCGGAGGUGGCUGGUUAUUUGAUGAUGUUCUGUCAACAGGCUAAACGUCAGUAUCGUUCCUCUGUUGUUCGUAUCCAGGCAGAUAAUGGUAUGGAGUUCCAAACAAAUGUUCUUAAAGAGUACUACGAGCAUGAAGGGAUUGUGCUACAAACCUCAUGCACCGACACCCCGCAACAGAAUGGGGUUGUCGAGCGUAAACAUCGGCAUUUAUUGGAGAUGGGUCGGUCUCUUCGCUUUCAUGCGAAUUUACCGAUUACUUUUUGGGGUGAAUGUGUACUUACAGCGGCCUACCUCAUUAAUCGUCUCCCAUCUCCAGUCAUUGUGAAUCUCACCCCGUUUGAGCAUCUCUUUGGCAAGAAGCCAACGUACCAUCAUCUGCGCACAUUUGGUUGUCUCGUGAGCAGUUCAAUUACCUGGCCUCCAAGCUAGGCCUUCACGAUAUUCACGCCUCAGCUUGAGGGGGAGUGUUGCAGUGCAUAUAUCGAGUUGGUGAUGGUGUUAAUUAUCACUAGUAAAAGUUAGUGGUGGUGAAAGUGAUAUUAACCCAUGUAUAUGGCCGAACCCUAGUCUUUGUCGUGUAAAGGGUUAAGGCUUAGCAUAUAUAUAUUGCUCUUGUAGGCUACUGUAGCCGUCAAGUUAGAGUUGUGAAGUUAGUAAAUAAAAGUUCAGCCG